UGAGAAAUGACUCCUCUUCCCCUCACGCGGAGAAUUCAAUUUACCCGUCGCGUCACGCCACACCUCUCAAAAGUCCACAAUAUUCAAAGCCGCUUACAGUCGCGUACUUUCAUUUUAUAAACAGUUGCGAUGAUUCUAAAGGGAACGUUGUAGUUUUAUCGCGUCGCGUCAGCCUAACCUUCUCUCUUCUAGUGUUUGUUCUAGUCAGUCACUCCUCCUCCUACAAACAACCCAGAGAUCAAACCCGCCUGUGUGUAACGCGUGGAUUGUAUAGACGACCGCUGGACCGAACGGCAGUGCCGCUUCUCAGCACAGGGUUUACAUAUGAUAAGCUUUAUAGAUAGAAAAGCCUGUUUGCGGACAUAAUCAUUUCUGCAAUGCUUAUGAGAAUGCGCGUUAUUGAAGGAAUAAGAAUUGUCGGCGCGUGAUAUAGUCACUGAAUGACAGCAUGGCUAAACGAAGCACACUAUUCAUCAGGAUUGUGGAAGGAAAGAACCUGCCAAUCAAGGACAUAACUGGAAGCAGUGAUCCAUACUGCAUCGUGAAAAUUGAUAAUGAGGCAAUAAUUCGGACAGCAACAAUAUGGAAGACACUGUCUCCGUUUUGGGGUGAAGAAUACACCGUCCAUCUUCCUCCCUACUUUCGUACAGUGUCUUUUUAUGUGCUGGAUGAGGACUCUCUCAGCCGAGAUGAUGUCAUUGGGAAGGUGUCAAUCAGUAAGGAGGUUCUCACUGCUAAACCUCAAGGUGUUGAUGGAUGGAUGAAUUUAACAGAGAUUGACCCAGAUGAGGAGGUGCAAGGGGAGAUUCACCUCCAGAUUUCAGUGCUGGGAGAUCGAGUUAUCCCACGAAAACUGUGUUGCCAAGUUCUAGAGGCAAGAGAUCUUGCAAAAAAGGAUCGCAACGGGGCCUCUGAUCCUUUUGUUAGAGUGAGGUACAAUGGCAAAACCUAUGAGAGUGCGGUGGUUAAGAAGUCCUGUUACCCACGCUGGAAUGAGAGAUUUGAGUUUGAGCUGGACGAGACUCUGGCUGACAGCCUUUUGAGUGUGGAGGUGUGGGACUGGGAUCUGGUCAGCAGAAACGACUUCCUGGGAAAGGUCCUGUUCAACAUCAACAAGCUUCAGUCUGCCCACCAAGAGGAGGGCUGGUUUCGCCUGGGGCCUGACAAAUCUAAACACAGUGAAUAUGAAGGAACUCUGGGUUCUCUGCGGCUUCAGCUACGGCUUCGAGAUGAGGUUGUGUUGCCAUCCAGCCAUUACAAGCCACUCACAGAACUACUCAGCCAGUCGGUCGGCUCUCAGCUCAACGGCAACUGGCCUGAUUUCAUCAUGCUGAUUGAUGAGACCACUACAGCAGAGAGCAGACAGGAAGUAGCUAAUAAUCUGGUGAAGCUGUUUUUGGGUCAAGGGCUUGUCAAGGAGUUCUUGGAUGUUCUGUUCAAACUGGAGCUGGAAAAGACUACUGAACCCAACACACUUUUCCGCAGUAAUUCAUUAGCAUCCAAGUCUAUGGAAUCAUUUUUGAAGGUGGCUGGGAUGCAAUAUCUGCACAGGCUUCUUGGCCCCAUAAUAAACCGAAUCUUUGAAGAAAAGAAAUAUGUAGAACUAGACCCCAGUAAAGUAGAACUGAAAGAGGCAGGGUGUGCAGGUUUGCACCGUCAGCAGACUGAGUCUGAUAUUAUUCAGCAGAGCUCCAGCCUCCUGCAGUCGUACCUGUCUGAGCUGCUCACCUCCAUUCUGCAGUCGGCCUCCUACUGCCCCCUGCUCAUCUGUCAGGUUUUCCAUCAACUCUACCUCAGAGUGCAGGAACGCUUCCCUGACCAAGAGUACCGGAAGGUGAAGUUCAUUGCUGUGACCAGCUUCCUGUGUCUGCGGUUCAUUUCACCUGCCAUCAUGUCUCCAAAAUUAUUUCACCUGCGUGAGAAACAUGCUGAUGCCCGUACGAGCCGCACACUCCUGCUACUUGCCAAAGCUGUGCAGACCAUUGGGAAUAUGGACACUCUCGCAUGUUGCUCUAAAGAGCCAUGGAUGGUCCGCUUGCAGCCAGCCAUACAGCAAGGCAUCACCCAGCUCAAAGACUUCAUCACAAAACUGGUCAACUGCCAUGAGUCAGAGGAUCUUGAGCUUCAGACACGAAUGAGCCUACAGUGUGGCACUAUGGAGAAAGAAGGCUUCCUCUUCCUCCACAGGACCAAGGACAAGUGUAUGCCCAUGACAUCACCCUUUAAGAAGUACUAUGUCACACUCAGUAAAGACACUCUGUCUUACUCUCGGACGCAACACUCUAAGAAGAGCUCGUCUAUUUCGCUGCCAAAGAUCCGAGCGGUAGAGAAGGUGGAGGAGAAGUGCUUCGGUAAUGCCAACGUCAUGCAGAUUAUCUCAAGUGAAGAUUCGGGCCAGCAGGAGACCCUGUACCUCGACUGCAAAACUGUAAAUGAGUUGAAUCACUGGCUGUCAGCUUUGAGGAAAGCCUGUAGUCACAACACAAACACUAUGAGCUGCUAUCAUCCUGGCAUCUAUAAAGCAGACAGAUGGAGCUGCUGCCAUCAGAAGGAGAAAUCAGACCCAGGCUGUGAUAAAACCAGACAUGGAGUAACUCUGCAGGAGUGGUAUGACCCGCUGGACCCAGACCUGGAGGCUCAGCUCAUCUACCAACAUCUCAGUAGUGUCCAGCAUGCCAUGCGAGAUAAGUAUUUCAAGUUGAGAGAGCAGCAGGGAGUUCAGGAGGCAGAUUCAGUAAGAGACCAGAAGAAAGCAGAUGGAUUACCAAAACUCUUCAGUAUUCUGCAAGACCUACAUGAUGCACAUGCCGCGGUGGAAGAAGAGGAAAGACUGAAGAAUAAAAACGUUUUCUUGGAAUUACAAACGUAAACAAGAGGACUUUUGUUUGUAACUUUUGUUUGCUUUUCAUAAUUCACAGUGUUAUUCAGUCACUGAGCUCAUAAACGCAGGAUUCAGAACCUGCUAUUAUUUGACACAUAGACAAAGAACUGUAAGUUUGAUUAGUGCAUGUGAACUUUUGAACCGAUGUUUGGUGCAUAGAUGGAUAUUUAGAGGGCUGUGAUCACAAUCCCUUUAUUAAGGAUAGUCGUGGUGUGUAUUUGGUAUUAAGGCAAACUAAAAGUGCAGCAUAGUUUUAACUUACUGCAAUGAUUCCAGUAGGUUGGUAACUCAAAAACGGUGUCUUGUUGGCAUUUCUGCAGGUUUUACAUGCAUUCAGACAUGCUUUAUUUGUUUUAACUUUAACAAUUUUCCAUUUGAAUGGUAUUAAUCACCAUUCUUCUUUUAUUUAAUGUGCUUUUGACUUUAAAAAGCUCUGUGGAUAUGCAUGUCAGCUCUUCCUUUGUACAAUUUUUACAUUAAAUCAGUUUUAUUAAAAUGUUUAUAUAGAUUUUAAAGAUGUUUUCUUUUAAUUUAUUUUUUAAUUCUAUAGUGGAGGAAAAAUGUGUAUUCUUGGAUCUAAAUCCCAUACAACGCUGCCAUUCCUGUUGUCUCAAUGCCUUGUCCGUAUCACAUGUCAUGUUUUGGAUGUAUUGUUGUUAUGUCUUUUUAUGAUAUGUACCCUAAACAAGUAUGCAUUGUGCAUUUCACAAAAACUGUAUUUCUGUAACGUUUUUAAACGUGGAACAUUAUUUUUUCCCAUGAUAGUAUUUCUCCACUAGGCGGCAAUAAAGUGUUACUUAUUCAAAAGCUGAAUUCAGCCCAGAGUCACAGUAUAGCAGUGCUUGUAAAUACAAGACUGUUUAAACCAGUUUUAGAAGAUUAUCACGAACUUCUCUAUUGGAUGGUGUUUAAAAUUCCUCUGCAGCCAUAUUUAAUAAUGGCUACAUUUUAGUAAUUAUGUGCAAUACACAAAUCUCUAGCAAUCACAAUGCAUUAAUGUAAUGGUAAAGCUAUAAGGAUUUUUUUGAGACUUAAUUUAACACUCAACUAUGUAGUUUAACAGUCACAAUGUUAAACUCGAAAACUGUUAUCAUUCACCUGUGUGAUUUUCUCUCUUGCACAGAAAACAAAAGCUGAUAUUGUUCAUUCUGCCCAGUUUCAUAAAGUCAUUUGAUAACUGUGUUAAUAAAUUUCAGUCUUGCACAUUCUGCAAAA